CACUCCUAGGACUGGAGCCUGGACAACCACUGAGGUGGUAGCUGGCCAGUCCACUUUGGAUCUCAGCAUUUCCUGGGCUUCACCUCUGCUCUCCUAGCGUCUGUGCUCGUGAGUGUGUGGCUGAACUGCCCACUUCGCUUUCUGCACCAGAUUUCCCACCCACACCAGGAACCAUCAUGCAUGAGGAAACAAUGAAUUCCACAGAGGCCUUCUAUGGAACAGAUUAUGCCGACACUGUUUUCUAUUCUGUGCCUACAGACGACUUGCCAUGCUCCUUGGAAGAAGUCAGACAGUUCACCAAAGUAUUUGUGCCAGUUGCCUACUCCUUAAUAUGUGUCUUUGGCCUUCUGGGCAAUCUUAUGGUAGUGAUGACCUUUGCCUUCUACAAGAAGGCCAGGUCCAUGACUGAUGUUUACCUGCUGAACAUGGCCAUUACAGACAUACUUUUUGUCCUCACUCUGCCGUUCUGGGCAGUUACUCAUGCCACUGGCACGUGGGUUUUUAGCGAUGUGCUCUGCAAACUGAUGAAAGGCAUCUAUGCAGUCAACUUUAACUGCGGGAUGCUGCUCCUGGCCUGUAUCAGCAUGGACCGGUACGUCGCCAUCGUUCAGGCAACCAAAUCUUUCCGGGUGCGCUCCAGGACACUGGCCUACAGUAAGAUCAUCUGCGUGGCGGUGUGGUUCAUCUCGUUCGUCAUCUCAAGCCCCACAUUUAUCUUCAAUAAGAAAUACAAGCUACAGGGCAGCGAGGUCUGUGAGCCCCAGUACAAGUCUGUCUUGGAGCCCAUAAAAUGGAAGCUGCUGGGGCUGGGGCUCCAGCUGCUCUUCGGCUUCUUCAUCCCGUUGCUGUUUAUGGUGUUCUGCUAUCUGUUCAUCAUCAAGACCUUGGUGCAGGCCCAGAAUUCUAAAAGGCACAGAGCCAUCCGCGUGGUGAUCGCUGUGGUCCUUGUGUUCCUGGCUUGUGAGAUCCCUCACAAUGUGGUCCUUCUCGUGACCGCGGUGAACACCGGCAAAAUGAACCGGCUCUGCAGCAGUGAGAAACUCCUCGCCUACGCCAGGAACGUGGCUGAGGUCCUGGCUUUCCUCCACUGCUGCCUCAACCCUGUGCUCUAUGCGUUUAUUGGACAGAAAUUCAGAAACUACUUCAUGAAGAUCAUGAAGGAUGUGUGGUGUGCGAGAAGGAAGAACAAGGUGCCGGGCAAGGUGCCGAACUUCCUGUGUGCCCGGAUGUUCUCAGAAGGCUACAUCUCCAGGCAGACCAGCGAGAUUACCGACAACGACAACGCAUCAUCCUUUACCAUGUAGCGUGUGGGGAUGAAGCCACAUACCCCGAAAGCCUUUGUGAAACUUGCUAUUACACAUGGGGGAAAAAAGUAAGACAGAAAGACAAGCCAUACACAAAUAUGUACAGUAACCAUGGAAAUAAAGCAAAGACUUCCUGUGGGAUCAGAACCAGAGGGG